GUCAAUACACUGUGUUCGUAUGAUAUACUUUUAUUAAAUAAGCAUUAUCAGCGUGGUAUAUGUUUAUUUUAUAAUAAAACAAAGCCAAUAAAUGUGGUUUAUAGUUUAUUUAACACUUUAUUAACUUUCUUUUAUGUAGGCUUUUGUUUUUGUGUAAGAGGAUGCUAAUUCCGCAACUUGGGAGAGAAUUCCAUUUAUCCCUAAAAGUUCGAAUAAAAAAGCAAAGGAGUCAUGCCGUUGAUAAAGAUGCAAUGUAUAUUUAGAUUAGAACCCUUCCAACCCAUACUCGUUAUUAGUAUGCAUUUCCUAAAGAAAUUAAGCGAGUGAAGUGAACAGAGGAGAGGGGGGUUGACUACUUAGGAGGUUCUGAAUACCAUACCCUCGCUCGUUCCAUGUCUUGGGCUUCUUUACUUAGUUUGAACUCAAUGUGUUUUUUUUUCCUUCACUCGACCGAUAGGUUUAUCAUAUACGAGUCCAAAUGGUGAAAGAAGGAAAGAUUUGUGGGUAUCCACAUUCAACCCGCACCAACCCGAAGUGGAUAGUGGUUAACCACUACCCACUGUGAGGCGGGUUGUGGGUAGCAUAAUUCUAUAUUUGUGGGUGUGGUUACCCACAAAAUGUGGGACGGGUAACCACACUCACCCCAAUUUCCACCCCUACCAAUGGCAUUCCAGCCGUUUCAUAACCGAUACCAGUUGAACCAGGUUCAACCGACCUGCAUGCCACUGGCAUGACAACUAUGAGCAAGACAACCCCACCCUAUAUGAGGCAAAAAAAAAAUUCCCUCCAGCUGUUAGUGGGCUGGAGACAAUUAAUGAGCAAGCCAGGAAUGGGCCACAAGCCCAUGUACAAAAAGCUCCAUCACGCCCCCAACUCCCUCUCAGGCGGUCACUGUCUUUUUCUUCCGAUAAAAACUUAAUAAUUAACGUAACAAUUAAAUUAAAUAACAUCUAAAAGCCCAGAUUAACAAACCUUAGCUAUAACGUCAAAAAAAGAACCCCACAUCGCUUGCCCUACCUCUAGCGAAUCGCGAUGAAACCCACACAGUAAAUCUCUCCUCCUAGCUAACCCAAUAGAAAUAUACAUACCACUUCACAUAUAUAUCCCAUCAUUUGAAACGAAAGUACCGAUAGAACCGAAAAGGCCAAAAUCUUCCACCAGAAACAAUGAAGAUCGCUGCCAUUGCCGCCGCGGUCGCCGUUUUGGCGCUGCUCACCGGAGCGAACACGACCACCACCGUGUCCGUCAGCAACGAGCGGAGACCGCUGUUGAGCAGCUCAGUCGUCUACGUCACGUGCUACGAAGGGCUGACGCAACGAGCGCCCCAAAGCAUUCCGCCGGGUCAGGAAAUUCCUUUCCAGCUCCAGCCGGCCGCCGAUGGGUCGGGUUGCUUCUGCGUGGGGAAGUUCUCGGAGUUUGACGAAAUGGGGACGCCCCGAUAUUACAUCUACGACUCGAGGAACGGCACCGGUGAUCAUAAUUAUGGGCAGGCCCGCUGCGAGUCGAGCUUCUGCCGGGUCAAAGCCAACGACACGAGCUUCUAUGGUUGGAACGAGGGCAAGAAAGAGUGGGAUAUUAUCAUGCCCAAAAUAUGGCUCCCUGGAUCGGCUCCCUGAAGAAAUGGAACAGAAAGUACUAUAUACGGAGGAUCCCUUCUUACCUCGGUUAGUAAAGUGUACAACAACAAGUACACAAUAUCAUGUUUUGGUCGAAGGUUCCCAAAACUUGAGGUUCAUCGCAGGGAAAGACCACCAAGUUUCCAGAGUUGGAUGGAUUAUGGACUGUUAACAAUGUUCAUUGACUGUGUCUCUUCUAGUUCCUCGUUUCAUACGUGUGUGUAGAAUUUCGGUUCAGCUGCGCACCUUUUGUUGCUUUCAUUUGCUCAGUUGGAUGAUGAUAUGAAUGUGAUUAAUAAAGAAUAAGGGAGUUG